AGUAAGUCUAGUGCACCCACCAAAAGUUAACUUACUUUGAUUGCUUUGUUACACUCCUUAGAUAGCAAGAUGGAGCAACCACAAUGUAGUGCUGAAUUUGAUGACCCCGCCACGUCUCCGGACUCGCCAAGUAAACCCCAAGGGACGGGGACUAGGCACCCGGUGUACCGUGGGGUCAGGAAGCGACGUUGGGGUAAAUGGGUAUCGGAAAUCCGAGAGCCUCGGAAAAAGACUCGAAUUUGGCUCGGAUCAUUUCCAAUACCCGAGAUGGCCGCUCGUGCUUAUGACGUAGCGGCCCAUUGCUUAAAGGGCUGCAAGGCCCAACUAAAUUUCCCUGAGGAAAUAGAUUUUCUACCACGGCCAACUUCAUGUGCCCCUAGGGAUAUCCAAGCUGCAGCCGCGAAGGCAGCCAACGCGGUGGUGGAGGUGAAAGUGAGUGGAUGUGCACCGUCUGAUCGUUACGACCUUGAUCAUCAUGAUGAUGAAGUUGAUUAUGAUGAUUUUUGGAGUGAAAUUGAACUACCUGAGUUGAUGGACACAGAUCAAGGAGGAAAGUCCAUGGAUUGCUAUAGUAAUGAUGCAUUAUUUGGUGAAUUUUAUUUUUAGGUAAGUCGGAAUAUAUUUGUAUUUUAUCAUAGUUAAAAAUAUAAUACGCCAAUUCUGUGCCAUAAGAGGCUCCCAUGUUUAUAGGAAACAGAUGUUACAAUAAUGUCUGUUGAUCCAUGUUAAGCCUAUAUAUGCAAUGUUUAUAAUAUAUUUGCUGUAUAUAAUUCAUAAUAAAAAUAAUAAUAAUGUUAAUAGAUGUUUUAUUCAUCUCCUUUUUUUUUUUUCAAUUGUAUAUACUCCGUGUUAUAUUAUAUACUUUGUAGUUGAUUUUGCAUUAUUAUUAUGAAAUACUACUGGAUUUUUAUUCCCUUCUUUAUUAAUUUCCUAGGAAAAUAUUUCAUUAGGUCACCGUCUUCAUUU